AUGAGUGAUAAACAAAGAGUUGUUAAAAUUUUAGUUAUUGGUCCAAUUUAAAGCGGCAAAUCUUCAAUAUCUAAUUUUUUAGGUUAAAGGUCUGAAGUAAUAAAUAAAGAUUACAGACCUACAGCAGGUGUUCGAAUUGUCGAAUUUAAUAAAGAAGCUCCAGUAAAUCCGAAAAGGCCUGGUUAGGAAACUGCUAGUGUAUAAUUAUGGGAUGUUUCUGGGGAUUCAAAAUAUGAUUAAACAUGGCCUGCUAUUUAAAAAAAUUGCUAAGGAUGUAUUUUAGUUUUUAAUGCCGAAAAUCCUAAACAUGAAUAAGAAAUUGAAGCCUGGGUGAAUGCAUUUCCUAAAAAAUGUGGAAUUUAACCUUCUAUGUUAAUAGCUUUUUCACAUUUUUUAUCAGGAAAACCUGUGCCUAAAACUAAAUAAAGAUAAAUUAAAGGAUUGCCAACUGUUUCUUGUUACAAUACUUCUAUUGAAGAAGGAGCAGAAACAAUUCAUCCUGCUUUCGAUAAAUUUUUUAAUAAUUUGAUGAUGAAUAUUUAUGAAAAAGAAGAAUAACUAGAAAACAAUUUAAUAUACAAAUAUC